CCCCAGUCGGAUAUGUGCCCCACUCGCGAAACUCAGUGAAGCAUUUUAAAUUUGGCGCUUAUUUGAUCCUAGCUGGUCAGUGUUCCAAGUAUGGCCGCGAUGUAAACAACACUGUGCUGGUUUUUAUUUAGUUUUAGUGAGAAAAAGUGAUUAAAAGGAAAUGGGAAAGGUUAAAGCUGUUGAUCCAAGAAAAUGGACGGAAAAAAAUAUGCAGAAGGCGGUGGAGGAUGUAAUAAAUAAGAAAAUGGGAGUAAAUGAAGCGAGUCGUUUAUAUGAAAUACCUUCGCGCACAUUGCGGAGGUCUAAGCAGAGAAUUGGAAGACCUUCUGAAUUGGGAUAUGAGAACGAACUAAAACUUGUAGCUCACAUUAAAAAGCUUGAAUCCAUCGGAUUUCCCUUGGAGCCAUCGAGACUGCAGUCUAUAGCUUACGACUUUGCUGAAAAUCUUCGAUUGCCACAUCGAUUCAAUAAUGAGAAGAAGUCAGCAGGCUGGGAUUGGUUUCAAGGAUUUAUGAAGCGUCAUCCAGACCUGAGUAAACGUAAAGCAGAAGGCCUGUCAUUGGCAAGAGCUAGUGGUAUGAAUAGACAGGAUGUCGAUAAAUAUUUUGAAAUGUUGUUGAAGGUAUUGACUGAUAACGAUUUGAUUAGUAAACCAGAAAGAAUCUACAACAUGGACGAAAGCGGAAUACAAGUUAACAAUAAAACUGGACGCGUAAUUGCUAGCAAGAGUGCGAAAUGUGUAAAUACUGUAACCAGUACCGAAAAAGGUGAAAAUAUAUCUUUGAUUGCGUGCUGCAAUGCGGAAGGUACUUUCCAUCCGCCUAUUUUGAUACUGUAGGGUAAAUACAAAAAACCGGAAUUUUGUGAGGGUCUACCACCUGGCUCAAAUGUAUACAUGAAUCAGAAAUCAUCUUACAUCAACGCUGAACUAUUUUUGAAGUGGAUGAAAGAGCAUUUUAUACCACGAAAGCAAGAUGGCAAGGUUCUUCUGAUUUUAGAUGGGCAUUCUUCGCAUUCCAAUUCAUAUGAAAUGCUACAAUUGGCAUCUGAAAACGAUGUGAUUAUCCUCUGUCUACCAAGUCAUACUACUCAGGCUCUUCAACCAUUGUAUAGAAGUUUUUUAAGCCAUUUAAAAGUUACUUGUCUAAAGAAGUUUCCACUUGGUUUAUCAACAACAAAGGCCGACCUUUUAAUCGAUACCACAUUUCAAAAAUGAUUGGUGAUGCCUGGUUCAAGUCUGCUAUACCAGCAAUUGGCGUUUCAGGAUUUAAAGCGACAGGGAUUUGCCCUUAUGAUCCCAAUGCUGUGCCUGAAUAUUUCUUCAGAAUUUCUGAUGCAUCAAUAGGAAGUAUUCAGAAUAAUGAUGAUUCGCAAGCAAUUAAUAAUCAUUCACAGCCAACUCAGAACACUAUUGCUCUUUCCUUGCCAAGUACAUCCACAUCUCUGAUUAGUAAUAAUAAUAAUCAAGCCAUUCAAAUGUCCACAUCAGAAUCUUCUGAGACUGCACAAGAAUUAACACCAUCUAAGACCUUACAAAUAAUUAGUCCAUUGCCUAUUAUUCAACAAAAAGUAAGUAAAAGGAAGCAAUCUGUUAAGGUUUUGACAUCAAAAAUUCAUUUGACAACUCGUAAACUGUUUGAAGACAAAAAAAAAUACAGGAGAAAAAACGUAAGAAGACUGUUGUGAGGGAUUUAUCAUCGUCAUCAGAAAGUGAAGUAGAGUUGCAGCUUAGUGAAUCUAGCGAAGAAUGUUCUGAUGAAAAUGAAAACACAUGUGUAGAAUGUCACGAGAAUUACUACCGUACCAAGAAGAAGAGCGAAUGGAUUCGAUGUUUGCAGUGUUCUGGCUGGUUACAUGAAGACUGUACAAGUUAUAGAGAGAAAUGCAAUAACUGCGGUACCAAAGAAAAA